CAAAAAAAUAGGAGAAAAAAAUAGUGACACCAGUAGUGUCAUAUAUACUUAAUCUUAAAAUAUAAACUAUACAUUUCUUUAAAUUCUAAUUUUUUUUUGUAGAUGAGAAGGUUGAUAAUGAGAGGAAUUGUCAAAGUUAGCAAAUUUAACUUAUCAGAUAUUGUGGCCGAUUAUGAAGAAAUUGUAUCUGCAAGCCAGUUGACACAUGCGGUUUGUAAGCUUCUGGAACGACGAAGAAAGUUAAAGCCUCAGAGGAAAGACAGGAAAAAAGUGGCUGCACAGACAAUUUGUGAUGGAGACAUUAAGAUUCUUGUCAGAAUACUGAGAGCUUAUAAUAUUCCAACGAGGAAAACAAUAGUUAAUAGAGCCUUGGAUAUGCCUACUUACUUGAUAUCAUCCAUGUCUGGCCUCAGGCAAAAAGAAACAAUCAAAUCAGUAGCCUCAGAUGGAAUCUUAAAUGAGGAUACUGUACACCCUUUUGUGGAAGUUUCCUUUCAGCACACUGUAUACCAAACCAGUAUUGCAAGUGGAUCUCAUCCAUGCUGGAAUGAAGAAAUUAAAGUAGAUUUUAUCUUACCAGGACAUGAUUAUAACUUCUCAAGCUUAUCUAAAAUAAAAGAUAAUAUAUAUAUCAACAUUUUUGAUGAAAUGAUUAUUGAAAAACAUGAGGAUCACUGUUUCAAGAGCUGCAGUGGUCAUUCAUAUAUAAGAAAGAAUUGGCUUGGAUCCAUUGUCUUCCCUUUCUCUGCUCUCCUGCAACAAUCUGAGUUUUCAGAUCAAAUAGAUGUUUUGGAGAGAGCACAUAUUUUUAAAAGAAAUUGUAAGGCAGUAUUUCCUAACCGAAGAAUCACAACUACUGUUUUUAAUGAGGAAGGGAUACAGAUCUUAGUAACAAGAUAUAUCAAGGCAUUAAAUCCACCUCAGCAACUCAUGGAUAUAUUUCUUCGUGAUUCUAAUUCAACACUUGGCCUCAUUGCUCGCUUUGUAUCUUUGAUUCCUAUUAUGCCUGAUACACUGGGUGAAGAUGAUGGUUUUGAUAUGUGGAUGACAUCGGAGCGCUGUAUCAGUUUGGCUAUUGGAAACAAGGAGGAGCAUGCCAUACUUCUCUGUAAUUUCUUUCUGUAUUUUGGAAAGAAAGCUUUGGUCCUUCUAGGAACCUCAGUGUUGGAAGGACGUGUGGCUUAUGUGUUAACUAAAGAAACUGAUGAAUGUUUGCUUUGGAAUCCAUUAACCGGGCGAUGCCAUAAGCAGUUUGACCCAUUUUGUCCCUUACAAAGUGUAGACUGUUUGUUUGAUGAUGAAAACGUCUGGUUUAAUAUUCAACAAAAUAAUACACCAAUGGCUGUAUAUUUUGACUAUACAAAGGAAGGUUUCUGGAAACAGUUGCUUCCAAAAUAUUAUCAAGGGACAAAAGCACAAAGUAUACAGCCUGAAGAAAUAAUUUAUUCUGAUACUAACAGAAGCAUGGUAGAAGACCUAAAGAACAGAAUUGAACGGACUCUGAAAUGUAAAAUAAUGGAAUGGCGACCUAAACAGCCAACACGUUGGAAUAGACAGUGUACUUUCAUUUUACGACAAAUCCUUCCUAAGCUAGAACUUGGCACUGGAAGCUUAGUUUCAUCUGAAGAGGAGAGUGAAUUUGGAAGACUACUAAAAUUUUAUUGGGUGGUGGGAUUUCCUCUCCAGAUGCCAUACACUGAUGUACAGUCAGUUAUUGAUGCUGUGUAUCAAACUGGAAUUCACUCCUCCGAAUUUCCGCAGACAGAAUUUGCUCUAGCUGUGUACAUUCACCCAUACCCAAACAACAUCCUAUCUGUGUGGGUUUAUUUGGCUUCAUUAGCUCGACAUGAUUGAAAAGGAAGAAGGGGAAAGGAAAAGCUUGUGCAUGGGCCCCAACCGGAAGCCAAAACUUUUCUGUUACUUGGGAUUUUUCUGUUUAUCCUCAAGUCCAGACAAGUGUGAGCUCAAUUUUUGGUUCACUUAUAGAGUUGAACACAAUGGAGACUCACUCCCUGAGUCUUUGAGGACAAGUAUAAAUGACCUUCUCACCUGAGACUGCUUCAAGGAGGACCUUUCAGGAAGUCUGGCGCCUUGGGUCACUGUCUAUAGUAGGUCUUAUUCUGGGAAAGAGGCAAUCCUGGCCUCUUUUGCUAAAGCCAGUGUUAAUUGUGGGCCCACACCACCUCCAUCAAAAUCACCUGGAAGGCCUUACUGAAAAUGCAGAUUCCACAUCCCAGCCAGGACCUACUGAAUCAGGACCUCUGGCAGUGCAACUCCAGAACCCACAUUAUUUUCAACAAGCUCCCCAGGUAAUUCUCUUGGCCUAUUAAGAGUAAGAACCCUGCUUUAUAG